AUGGGUUGGGAGAAACUCAAGGAACUAACAAACGUAUUCUGCAGGUUGGAGAGAGAGAUACAAAACAAGGACGAUACUCUAGCUAUAGAAAGCUAUGUCAAAGAUUUGUCCAGAGAGAGUUCCGAUAUUACCUACAAGUUGGAUCCGACAAGAAUACCUCCGAAUACCAUGUCAGAGGAAAACUAUGUAAACUGCAUCGAAACUACCAUCAAGAUAGCCGAGCAGUUGAUGAAGGAGUCGAAAGUUUUGCGGGAGACGAUGUUCAAGAGUUGCGAGCAAGCAGCUAACCAGAUGUAUGCACAGAGUCAACAGGUGGAAAUGAUCAUGAGGAGGCGUGUAUUUGAUGUUCAAAGAGCCAGGAAUGAGAUGGAGUGGCAAAAAUACAAGCUUGAGGAGCACCUUCGCAAGUUGGACCGAGAGAUAGGAUGUCUGCGCUCUGCAGUUGCUGAUAAGAUUAACCCUACAAAGCUGGUGGAAACUAGGCUUGAAGCCCGGACGCAACGCCCUGUACUGGAGAGAGUUCAGGACAAGCCCAUGCGUGGGUUGAUAGAAGAGUACGAGAGGGUCCACUUGAGCUCUAACAUGCUGGAGAAGAAACUUGAUGAAGCACUAGCGACAUACCACGGCAUGCACACCCACUGGGAGCGCGUGGUGAAGGACUUGGAGUAUAAGAACCAGGCGUUGGAGACUGACAGACGCCUCAUCGAGAUCCGGGCGCCGCUGCACCGCGACCACGACACACAGCUCGACAGGAACGUGGGAUACUGCCGCAUGGGGAAUGAACUGGUCACCGACUAAGAAUACUGAAUAGUCUUUACAGCCCGAGAACCAAU